GCGCGUGCUGCGAGUUCCAGUUCCGGCGGGUUGGCGGCGGCGGCGCCCCCUCAGGGCCAUGGAUCCCGCCGAGGCCGAGUUCCUGGCCGAGAAGGAGCUGGUGACCGUCAUCCCCAACUUCAGCCUGGACCGGAUCUACCUCAUCGGGGGGGAUUUGGGUCCCUUUAAUCCGGGCUUGCCUGUGGAAGUGCCUCUUUGGCUAGCUGUUAACCUAAAACAGAGACAGAAGUGUCGGCUAAUACCUCCUGAAUGGAUGGAUGCUGAAAAGCUGGAGGAAAUCCGGGAUCAGGAACGCAAAGAGGACACUUUCACUCCAAUGCCCAGUCCCUACUACAUGGAACUAACUAAGCUGCUGUUAAACUAUGCCUCAGACAGCAUCCCGAAAGCAGAUGAAAUCCGAACACUGGUUAAGGAUACCUGGGAUACACGGAUAGCUAAACUGCGGCUGUCUGCAGACAGCUUUGUCAGACAGCAGGAGGCCCAUGCCAAGCUGGAUAAUCUGACCUUGAUGGAGAUCAACACCACUGGGACUUUUCUUACUCAAGCCUUAGAUCACAUGUACAAACUACGCACAAACCUUCAGCCGGGUGAGAGUGCCCAGUCCCAGGAUUUCUAAGAUGCCUUCUGACAGUCUAAAACCCUCAUGGGAUGAGGCAAUAAUAGUAGGAGGACUCUGCCCUGUGGGCACUAUUAAUGAGUCCUAAUGCAACUUGCCUUAUGCUGUUUUUUAUGCCGUAAAUACCCUGUAUAGAUCUCUGCUAAAAACCAUACAAGUCUUACAAUUGACAGGAAAUGUGUAUCUAACUUGAGUCUCUGGGGGUGUGUGUGUGUGUGUGUGUGUGUGUGUGUGCGUGUGUGUGUGUGUGUGUGUGCGCAAUAGAAAGAAGGCAUUCUUGUGGCUGCAUAUUAAUAAGUUGAGGACUGCUAAUGGCACAGAGAGCUGCUGAGCAGGGAAUGCCAUCGUGAACAGAUUCUGCUCUGUAAUGAGCAUCCUUGGCAAAACAAAUGAUUCUACCUGGCGGAACUCUCCCAGCCCCUGUGCAGCUGUCUUUGCAAGAUGAAUUGGUUGCAGCAGUUAGAUGCUGUUCGGAGGUUUUUCUUGUUAUUGCCCUAUUGGAUGGGGAUUUAAUAUCUCUUAAAUGAUAUGUAGCAGUAAUAAAUAUGCUCUUAGUUUAGUGUC